AUGUCAUUCUUGUUCACUAGCAACAUUGGUGCACCCUAUGGAGGCACACCAGUCAACUCUGCUGGAACCAUUCGUUAUAGAGCCAAUGAAAUUGAUCCUGCACCCGACAUCCAAUCUAUCGCAAAGUCCACUUCACAGCUUGACGACAAACUCGACACCUCCCCAGGAAUAACAUCUGCAAAAUCCUUGACCAUCGUGGGUGAUUUUAUAGUGGGUAAUCUUUUCGUGGGUGAUCUUAUAGUGGGUGAUUUUAUCGUGGGUGAUCUCAUGGUGGGUGAUUUUAUGGUGGCUGAACUUAUCGUGGGUGAUUUUAUUGUCGGUAAUAUUAUUGAGGGUAAUCCUAUCGGGGGUGAUCUUAUAGUGGAUAAUUUUAUCGCGCGUAGUCUUAUCGUGGGUGAUCUUAUAGUGGGUGAUUUUAUCGUAGCGGGUGAUCGUAUCGUGGGUGAUCUUAUCGCGGGUGAUCUUAUCGUGGUUGAUCUAAUCCUGAGCGAUCUUAUCGCGGGUGAUCUUAUCGCAGGUGAUCAUAUCGCAAGCGAUCUUAUCGUGGGUGAUCCUAUCGUGGACGAUCUUAUCCUAGGUGAUCUUAUCGCAGGUGAUCUUAUUGGGGAUGAUCUUAUCGCGGGGGGUGGUUUUAUAGAGGGUGAUCUUACAGCGGGGGAUCUUAUCGUGGCUGAUAUUAUUGCGGGUCCUCAUAUAGCGGGUGAUCGUAUCGUGGGUGAUCUUAUCGCGGGUGAUCUUGUCGCGGGUGAUCUUAUCGCGAGUGAUCCUAUCGCGGGUGAUCGUAUCCUGGGCGAUCUUAUCGCAGGUGAUCUUAUCGCGGGUGAUGUUAUCGCGGGCGAUCAUAUCGCGGGUGAUCUUAUCGAGGGUGAUCUUAUCGCGGGUGAUGUUAUCGCGGGCGAUCAUAUCGCGGGUGAUCUAAUCGAGGGUGAUCUUAUCGCGGGUGAUCUUAUCGCGGGUGAUCCUAUCGCGAGUGAUCCUCUCGCGGGUGAUCUUAUCGGGGAUGACCGUAUCGCGGGUGAUCUUAUCGCAGUGGGUGGUCUUAUAAUGGGUGAUCUUUUCACGGGUCCUCUUAUCGUGGGUUAUCGUAUUGUGGGUGAUCGUAUCGCGGGUGAUCUUAUCGUGGGUGAUCCUAUCGUGGGUGAUCCUAUCCUGGGCGAUCUUCUCCUAAGUGAUCUUAUCGCGGUGGGUGAUCUUAUACUACGCGAUCUUAUCCUGACCUAUGGCGGGUGA